CGUGGAGCCUUAAAGCUCUGGGUCUCUUGCAAAUGAUGCUUCAGUUCCUCCAUUUCAACACACCCACAGAUUGUUAUCACUUCCUCUAUUUUUCUUCUUUCUUUUCUUUCACAACUGUGGAAGUUUAGAGAAUCAUCAGACAGAAUAAGGAGGCUGUUGUCUGAAUUAAGCUGCUUUUGGGAGUGUGCAUGAUAAGAUCUUUUUCAUAGAUUUCUGUGGUAUUUCAGCACCAAUUUGUUCCUCUGAGCAACAGGACAGGACAAGACAGAAGACCUAGGAAGCCAGAAGUUCUGCUGCCUAUAAAAAUCCCAGCAUGAGGCUCAUUUUCAAUCUGUUCCUGGGAUGGUGGCUGACUCAGUAUUAUAGAUGGAUGGCUGAAGGAAAACCUCUUCCCCAACCUUCCAUCUCGGUGAAUCCCAGUAACGUGGUUGCUUUGGGAGAGAAUAUAAGUAUCAGUUGCAAGAAGGAGAGGAACCUAGAAGGGACAUCCACUUUCUAUCUACAGAAAGUAACGCCUGGUGAAAGAACUAUUAGGAAUACAAUGCACAAUGAGCUUGAAUUUCAUAUUUUCAAUGUCCAGCAAUCACAUCAGGGGAAAUACAGUUGUAUAUAUAAUUUAAAUUCAUUCUGGUCACCCUACAGCAACAUAGUUUCUAUCAUUGUGCGAGAUCAACUUUAUCCCAGCCCCUCCAUUUCAAUAAUCCCCAAUGGCAUGAUUGUCCUAGGGAAAAAAGCCACCAUCCAAUGCAAACAGGAAUAUUUCCCAACUGCACAUUUUAACCUCUUCAAAAAAGAGGCUUUAGAUGCACCAGCAAACCACGUUUCCAACAAACAAAUAGCUGAAUUCCCUAUUCCCAGUGUCCAAGAAUCAGAUGGAGGAAUCUACUUUUGUGACUAUCAAAUUCAAUGGAACAAAUACUCAAACUUCAGUAAUAAAAUAUAUAUCAAUAUAACGGAUCCCAGCCUGACCAAGCCUUCCAUCCAGAUUAUAAAUGAAGAACAAGAUGCUCCAGAAGCAAUCGUCUCCAUACAGUGCAAGGCGACAGAAACAGAUCUGAUUUUUGCUCUUCUGAAAUCAGGGAAACAGAUAGACUGCAAAGCUGCAGAGCCAGGGGAAAAGGCGGUGAAUUUUUCUCACCAUUGGAUAAAGUUGGAAGAGAUACAGAAUUAUACCUGCCAGUACAAAACCAGGCCCUUUGUCUGGUCAGUGCCAAGUGACCCAGUGGAGAGGCCUUGGGAAGGUAAAUCCUUAAUAACUCUAUGGACAAGUAUUGCUGCAUGCCUUUUCUUUCUGACUCUCCUCCUCCUGGUGCUUAUCCUCAUUUUAUACAGAAAAAGAAAAAAAGGGGUUCACCUAAUCCAGUCCAAACCAGUGGAAUCGAACCCCUGCUCCAAACUGAUUUUAUUCAGGAAGAAAGUUAAAUCUGUAUUGUUCCAGCAGCUUUUAGUCCUUAACUGGGUUCAGGUAACCACCACAGGCUCUGUCGCCACAGAAAGCAAUGUACCAGCCAAGAUGCACUUAAACCUUCCCAUGGAGGAAACCCCUGAUGAAGUUUCUUAUGCUACAAUAAACCACAAUUCACUGAAAAUCCUUUAUGAUACAGCCCCUGAAUCCUGUGUCUAUGCAAACGUGUCCCCAAAAAGCACUAAGGAGAUCCAAUAGGGAAGGCUAUUGAGAAGAGAAGAUCAUUGUUGGUGAACCCAUCUAUACUACAGAUAUCCACAUUCAGAUCAUCUUGUGUAUACACAUCCUCCUUCCUCUUUAACAGUUUUAAUUGUUCAAUCUCAGAGGUACGCUGGGUUCAGGCAAGCACAUAAGUGUCUUCACAAGCAGAUUAUUAUAAUACCCAAUAUUGAAAAUUGAAU